AUGUCGGAUCAACAGAUUAAUUUGACACAAUUGCUCGAUACAUUUCAAUUAUUCGAUACGAAUAAAGAUGGUGCAAUUAGUUUCAGUGAACUUCGAUCGGCUUGUCAAAAGUUACAAAUGCCAGUCGAUAAAAAGAAAUUGAAGGAUUUGUUUCAACAUCGAGAGAAUAUUUCCUUCGAUGAGUUCUGCCGCAUUAUCCAAGAUUCGGGUCGACACUCACAUGAUGCUUAUUUUCAAGAAACAUUCCGUGCAUUCGACAAAAACUCUGAUGGUUUCAUCACUGCGAAAGAAAUAAAGAAGACUAUGAAAGAACUGGGUGAAACAUUAACAGACAAACAAGCACGAGAUAUGGUGAAAACAGCAGAUUCCAACGGCGAUGGUAAAUUGUCUAAAGAUGAAUUUCGAAUUUUAUUUAAUUACUUAACACAAUUUACAAUGUCACCCUCGAUAACAAUCGAUUCAAUGCAACGAGAACAAAUCUAA